AUGAGGCCUAAAAUCAAUCAAAGACAAGAGCUCAAGCUUCUCCUAGUUUGUCUUCUUGCGGCUUUCAUCCUCAUCUUCAUCGUGAGAACAACUCUGACAUCUUCUUCACAGGAAGAACAGCAGACUCAGGAAGAUACAAGAUCAAAGCGUUGCGGUGGUGCCUGCACCAAGCUGCCUCGUUCCCUCGCACAAGCCCUGAUCCACUACUCGACUUCAGUUAUCACACCGCAACAGACGCUCAAGGAAAUAGUGGUCAGCAGUAGAGUACUGGACAACAAGUCACCCUGCAAUUUCUUGGUGUUUGGUCUAGGCCAUGACAGCCUUAUGUGGAGCUCUCUCAACUAUGGAGGCCGAACUGUAUUCCUCGAGGAAGACGAAGCAUGGAUCAAACAGAUCACGAGACGGUUUCCGAUGCUGGAAUCGUACCAUGUAAGAUACGACAGUAAAGUGAACCAAGCAGAGAAUCUCAUAGAAGUCGGGAAAGGACCUGAGUGCACAGCCGUUGGAGAUCCGAGGUACUCAAUGUGUCAACUAGCACUCAAGGGUCUGCCUGCAGAAAUCUAUGAGACUAGUUGGGAUCUCAUCAUGGUCGAUGCACCGACUGGAUACUAUGACGAGGCUCCUGGGAGGAUGACAGCCAUUUACACGGCGGGAAUGAUGGCACGGAACAGAAAUCAAGCAGGAGAGACGCAUGUGUUUGUGCAUGAUGCGAAUAGGGAAGUGGAAGACAAGUUCUCCAAGGCUUUCUUGUGUGAAGGGUACAUGAAGAAACAAGAAGGGAGGCUAAGGCAUUUUGUUAUCCCUAGCUAUAGAUAUGGAUCAAAUAGACCCUUUUGUCCAUAG